AUGGAGACCAACCCAAUAACAACGAUAUCCAACCUCGCGCCUCUUAAGCUCCCAUCCGUCUCGCAAACCGCCGAUCUUCAACAUCUGCAUACAUUAAUGCACCUUCUGCAUCAUCGAAACCACAAUCAACAUCGCCGGACCACUUGGUAUCGCCACUUCAAUAUCUUUCGCCGACAUCUGGGCACUGUACUCGAACACCUAACAACACUCGCUCAUGUACCUACCACCAACCUUGCGCGACACAAGAAGAAAGCAGAAGACGAAAAUUUGCGAUUAAGAAUACAGCAAACCGUGUCUUUCUGGCGAGAUGUGCUGGUGCCAAAAGCACAGCAUGCGUUUGGACAGCUUAUCGCAGACGGACGGUUUGCAGUGUUGGGCGUGGUGUUGAUGGCAAUCUUGAGUCACGUUUGCAGGGUGUUUGGAUUGAUCUCCGUCUACGAGAAGCUAGGNGAGGAAGAAACAAUAAAAGCCAUCGAGGUGUUUGCUGCAGAAGGAUGGGCCGAAGACGAAGGUCUGGGUGUCCUUGUGCCGCGAGAAGCAGAGAAGAGAGAAGAUCUCGGUGAAGUCUUGAGAAGAGAUGACAGCGAACAUGAGGAAGACAUGACGGCUACAAAGGUCAAAGCCACAGAGAAGGAGCUGAGGAAGAAUGAGAGCGGGUGUCUGGCUCCUGAACGCGAUAUGCUGGAACAGAGUUGUAAAGCACUGAAAGCCAUGGCUACCGGCAGCACACCCAUCACAUCUUCACGAGAGUCCAGCAUGCCUCUGCCAACAAAGACGAAAGCCAGCAAGAAGCUCAAAACUACAGAAACCGACAGCAAACCGAAGGCCACCAAGAUCCUGCCUGCUGUCAAUUGGGACGACAAUUCAACCACUCCACUACCGAAACCAUCUUCGAAGACCGCAGCAACAUCUUCGAAGCCAGAUGUUUUGGUGUCCACGACGAGCUCGAAGCUCAAAAGAAGAGACCGAAGCAAGAAGAAGACGAGACUUCCACCAGUGCUGCAAAGCCUGUGA